AACACUAUUGACACCCUGCUGCCUGCUACACUCAAAACAAAACAUUGCAGGGAGAGAUGUCGGGCCUAACCAUGGCAUAUAACAAGAAACUAGAAGCUCUGUGUAUUAUGUAAAAAGUUAUUAUGAAAAUGUGAACUGCAUUAAACAAAAGUAGAGGGUAUUUUAUUAAUAGUAAACUGGGAGGCGGCGAACUUAUCAGGUGAAGUUGGUUGCUGGGUAUUAUCUUUGGAUUUGAUCCUGAAUUGAAGUACACGUUAAAGUGCUGUAUGGUGACAUAACUCAGUGUCUGGGACGAUGUGCCACUUUCAUUUCCUUUUGGUGAUUAUUUGUGGACCAUGGCUGAUGGUCCAGGGUCGGGAUGACAAUACCUUCACAGAGGAGCUGCUGAUCAGGCCAUUGUCCACUGGCCAUGUGUACUCUCACUUUGAAUUCACUACCACCUGGGCAACGCCGGGAAUCAGUGACUCCAUUAAUAAUUAUCGUGACUUUGAAUUUUCACACUAUGAUCUCUUUCCUCGGGCAUUUGGGGAAAUUGUUGAACGCUAUCAUGUUAGAGAACUGCAUCUUAGUUUAACUCAAGGAUUGUGGCGGCACCGAAAGUGGGGCUACCCCAUUGUUGAUGCUCCACCUGGAGCACAACUUUGGGUUUGGUUUAAUCCUACAACUAACAACUUAGAUCAGACAUGGCGAGACUUGGUGAAUGCACUCAGUGGUCUUGUCUGUGCAUCACUGAACUUCAUUGACUCAACAAAUACUGUCUCACCGGGACUUAGUUAUCGGCCACAGGGACUUGCUGAAGAAUGGUAUUCUGGUAAUUCAUCCUACAUGCGAUAUGCUGCUCUGCCCCGUGAAAAUGUGUGCACAGAGAACCUCACCCCUUGGAAGAAACUGCUGCCUUGUGAUACACGGAGUGGUCUUUCAAUGCUGCUCUACCCUGUCCCUCUGUACACUGCUCACUACCAUGCUCUAUCUCUUCACCUCAGACCAUCUUGUCAGGAUGUAAGUUGUACUAGUUCCCACCUGGAGUUAACACAAGCUUUGUCAUUGGUGCAAGGUCCCACUAUAUCAUCGAGUGGUCACCAAGACUGGAGUCUUCAACAGCUGUUUUCAUCCCAGCUAAUAUAUACCUGCCCUUUGGCUUCAUUUUCAAGGAUCUAUGUAGAUGUUACUGGUAAUGUGGACAUGAAAAAAUUCACACUAAAUCCUGAGCCAGACAUCAUUGAAGAAAGUGGCAGCGGGGUCAGUGUUCGUCAACUUGCUGUGUAUGAUAUCCAGGCUGCUCUAGCAGGAGAUGGCUUCAACAUCGAGGCUACUUAUAAGUCUCGUCAUAUUUACGGCAUUUUACCCCCACCUAAUUUGCACGUCUCUCGAUUUAUCACAGGAUACGGACAGGAGAGUGGAAGCAUUACAGUCAAAUUCACCAACACAGGAUCCAAGGCCUUGUCUGUUGUGUACCUUGAGGUUCUACCAUGGUAUCUACGACUUUUCCUCCACACUUCACAUUCACAUGAUCAGAUGCAAUCAUUAUACGUUUCUAAACUGGUGACUGCGCGUGACCGAGAGCAAGGGUGGUUGUACGAAGCAGUAGUGGAAAUUCCAGCCAGCUCAACAAUAGAACUAAGCCUGGAGUUCACGCGUGCUUUGCUUAAGUGGCUUGAAUACCCACCAGAUGCAAACCAUGGGUUUUACAUUCCUGCAGCAACCAUUUCAGCAAUUCUUCCUAAUUCACGAAAUGUUUCUGUCAAUAAUCUUAAUGGCUCUACUCUCAAGGAAAAAUUGUUGGUGCAAGAUCGGGCAAGUUUUGUGCGUAUUCACACGGAAACCCUCCUUGUGAGCUUACCUACUCCAGACUUCUCUAUGCCCUAUAAUGUUAUCUGCCUUGCAUGCACUGUGGUUGCAUUAGCAUUUGGACCAAUUCAUAAUAUUACUACUAAAAAGUUGGUACUGAAGAAAAUAGAGCCUAAAGAGUCAUUCUUCAGUCGUAUAAUGAACAGGAUAAAAAGUAUAGUUAAAAGAGGCCACAAGACAGGAAAUGACUCAAUUGCAAAUAAUUCAACACAGGAACCAGUUACUGUUGAGGAGAAUCCACUUUAUGAAGAUAGAGAAGAAUUGGAAGAUAUUGCUGAAGAGGAGGAAGACGAGGAUAAACUCAGUUGCAAGUCAAUGAAUGAUUAUGAAAAUAAGAAAAAUAGAUGAAAAGGUUAAAAUAUAUUGAUAUGCAUAGUAGAUAUUGUAACAUAUCUCUCGGGUUAUCCAUUACAUCACACAUUUUUAUUUCCAUUACUAGUUUACCACAAAAAUAUUUCCAUUGAAAUUUUAAAAGACGAAUAAAAUAUUGUUUUAGAAGACAUUAAAAGUUCAGUUAUUUUCUGAAUUGAGUAAGUCUAAAAAUUUUGUGUUUGUGGUAACACAGUCCCCCUAAAUUAAGGAAGGUACAUUCCCAGACCAAAGUUUCUGUUACAGUCAAGGUGGAGGGUACAAAGUCUGCCUACCGUAAGUGGACGGUUGGUCCGCUGUCCAGCCAUCGUCCCCCACAAACAAGCACCCUCUCAUUUCAACAAUCGAGUUCUGAUACUUCCAUUUCUUAGUAACGACUGGGAAAUGAUGUCACUGUUUUGUUUAAUAAAUUCAUGAAACAAUUUACUCAAUUAAAUUUUACAUUUUAUGACAUAACAGGUUAGAUCACUGUUAGAUAAUCAUGACUUAGUGGAGCGUGUGUGUUUUGGUGGCUGGGGUUUACAGUGGUAUCAGAAUCCUCCAAGCUGUAUUUUCCCUAAGAAUGGUAGUCAAUAUACCAAGCACGAAUGUGAGGGAUAAUAUGGUUCGUAAGAAAAGGCUUUAUCACCCUCCGUGAUAAUGGGUCUACCAUACGUAACCUUGGCUUGAUCGCUACAUUGGAUGACAUGAUGGGAGUAAAGCUAACAUAUGAGUUACCCAAUUUAUUUAAAAGUUUCACACCUUGAAGUAGGUCACAACACCAUUGAUUAGGGUUGGAUGGAAAAAUAGAAUAAAAUUUGCAUGACCAUAUUUUAUUAUUAGUUGUACUCUUAUAGGUAACCAUAAAUGUUGCCUACCUAAUAUUAUAUACAGUACGUUCAAUAUCUUUGUAGAUAUUUGCAGUUAAAAAAUAAAGCACUUAUUCAAACAA